AGACUGAGAAAAUCUUUGUUUCUCGCUAGGUUAGGAUACUUUUCCGGUUUGUGUUUAGCGCGCGUUGAGCAGUUUGCUUUGGUGCGACUUGCUUUUGAAGUCUUUGUGAGGUUUGAACAGUCAAAUCUGCCCGAUGUCUCGCAAGAAGACGGCCAAAAGUAAAGCUGGAGCGAACACCCCGUCCACUGGAAGCCCCACCGGGAAAAGCACCGGGAAAAUUACGAAGAGUUGCCCUGGAAUCGCGCCCUUAAAUGGGGUAGUGCAUCCCAGCAGACCUCCCAUCAGCAACAGCAGCGAGUUUUAUGACAUUGCUUUCAAGGUGAUGCUGGUAGGAGACUCUGGUGUGGGGAAGACUUGUCUCCUGGUUCGCUUUAAAGACGGAGCGUUUCUGGCUGGUAGCUUCAUCUCCACCGUGGGCAUUGACUUCAGAAAUAAAGUCAUGAACAUUGAUGGAGUCAAAGUCAAGUUGCAGAUCUGGGACACAGCUGGACAGGAGCGCUUUCGUAGUGUCACUCAUGCGUAUUACCGCGAUGCUCAUGCUUUACUCUUGCUGUAUGACGUCACCAACCGUGCAUCCUUUGACAACAUAAGGGCAUGGCUAAGCGAGAUCCAUGAGUAUGCACAACAAGAUGUCGUGCUCAUGCUGCUAGGAAACAAGGCUGAUUCCACACAUGAGAGAGUGGUGAAGAGAGAAGAUGGUGAGAGACUUGCUAAGGAGUUUGGAGUCCCCUUCAUGGAGACCAGUGCCAGGUCUGGUCUAAAUGUGGAGCUGGCCUUCACUGCUGUGGCAAAAGAGCUAAAACACAGGUCUAUGAAGGAUCCCAGUGAAACGUUCAAGCUCCAAGAAUACGUCAACAAAGAGAUGAGGGGGACGAGCUGCUGUUAGACCCCAGUCGGCUGACCUCACUGUCUUUCUGCAUUUGCAAAACAAGGACAAAACUAUUAUCUCCAUAAAUACAAUUCUUUGAAAACA